UGUUUGCAUCCUCUAACAGGAAAAGUCACAUGAUCCCACCAGAUCCUGCCUUUUUCCGACAUAAAGCUGCAGAUAGUCAAAAGCAGGGGUAAAUCUUUAGUAGUUAAGUAUCUUUUUGUGUUUUCUCAGGACAGAACUACAAGUUUAGCUUAAAACGGACAAUGAAGCUAAUCAUCCUGAACGACUACGACCACGCAAGCGAGUGGGCUGCAAAGUACAUUAGAAACAAGAUUUUACUGUUUAAACCUGGCCCCAACAAAUACUUCACUCUGGGGCUUCCGACAGGAAGUACACCCUUAGGUUGUUACAAGAAGCUAAUUGAGUACUACAAAAAUGGAGAAAUCUCGUUCCAGUAUGUGAAAACAUUCAACAUGGACGAAUAUGUAGGACUUCCCAGAGAUCACCCUGAGAGCUACCACUCCUUUAUGUGGAAUAACUUAUUCAAGCACAUAGACAUAAAAGCAGAGAACACCCACAUCCUGGAUGGUAAUGCGGCUGACCUGCAAGCAGAGUGUGAAGCCUUUGAGGAGAAGAUAUCAGCUGCUGGGGGGAUUGAGCUCUUUGUUGGAGGUAUUGGACCUGAUGGCCACAUUGCCUUUAAUGAGCCAGGUUCAAGCUUGGCUUCCAGAACCAGAGUAAAGACCCUGGCAAAGGACACUAUCAUGGCUAACGCCAGAUUCUUCGAUGGAGAUCUCUCAAAGGUGCCCACCAUGGCCCUGACUGUGGGAGUGGGCACUGUCAUGGAUGCAAAAGAGGUCAUGAUCCUGAUCACCGGAGCACACAAGGCAUUUGCUCUAUACAAAGCUAUCGAGGAGGGUGUGAAUCACAUGUGGACAGUAUCUGCAUUCCAGCAACACCCACAGACUGUUUUUGUUUGUGAUGAAGAUGCCACCCUGGAGUUGCGGGUCAAGACUGUGAAAUACUUUAAAGGGAUGAUGCAUGUGCACAACAAGCUGGUGGAACAGCCUCUCUCAGAGCCCAAGCAGAACUGAUGAGAUCUCUUUAAGUCUUGUUGGAUCCUGAGGAAUUUAUCUACAAUAUACACUCCAAUGAUUCAUUUAUCUUCUGGUGGAGAUAUUGACUGCUAAUCCUUAAAGAGAUAAUUAGGUGCUGGCAUAGUGCAAAUUAUCAGGUUACUGUUCUUACAGAUUUUCUUCUGUUUUGUUCUUUGUAAUAAAGUAAUUUUGAUUUUUA